AUGGCUGAAAGAAACCUCAAGGUUAUGGCUCACCAGAGAGUGAACAUGAGCCACCAGUGUGAUGCUGUAGUCAACAGAGCUAUUAGCAUACUGAGAUGCUAUUCGCGAAAAUCGGCUGGAAAACUAGCACCUGAUAUUGUCAGAAACAAUCGGACAAGAUCAUCUCCAAGCAGCAGCGCUCGGCGGCGGAGAGGCAGUGGAUCCUCCGUCGCCUUGGCCAGUCCCGGAGCACAAGGGCUGCGGCGCUGCGCAGGUCGAGCCGUGCUGUGCUGCGUGGUGCUGGCCGUGUGCGGGGCCGCUGCGGCCGGGCAGAUUCGCUACUUGAUCCCCGAGGAAAUGCAGAAAGGCUCUUUCGUGGGCAACAUCGCGCAGGACCUGGGGCUGGAGGCCAAGGCGCUAUCGGAGCGCGGCGUGCGCGUGAUUUCCAGAGGUAGGACACAGUAUUUCGCAUUGAAUGUAAAGAGCGGCCAUUUAAUCACGGCGGAGCGGCUAGACAGGGAGCAGCUGUGCGGCCGGGCAGAGAAGUGUCUGCUGAACUGCGAGGUUAUAGUGGAGCAUGACAUGAAGCUGUAUGGAGUGGAAGUCGAAAUCAGAGACAUAAACGACAACGCUCCCAGCUUUCAGGAAGAGGAGGUGGAGUUUCAAGUUAGUGAGACAACAGCACCGAGAUCCCGGUUUCCCCUUCAUGAGGCUCACGAUCCAGAUUUGGGGAUUAAUUCUCUUCAGACCUACCAGCUCAACAAUGAUAAACAUUUCUCUUUAGCUGUACAGGCUGGAUCUGACGGAGAUAAAUACGCAGAACUGGUGCUGGAAGGCGCUCUGGACCGGGAAGAACAGGCGACUCACGACCUCGUCCUCACCGCCACUGACGGCGGAGAUCCGGUCCGCUCCGGCACCGCACAUAUCAGAAUUAUCGUUCUCGAUGCAAACGACAACGCGCCGGUUUUUAGUCAGCCUGUCUACAGAGUGGAUGUUUCCGAAAAUGUUCCGAGGGAUUCCACGAUACUGACAGUUCAAGCCACGGAUCUGGACGAAGGCGUUAACAAAGAAUUAAAAUACUCCUUCAGAAAAAUAACAGAGAAAGCGUCCAAAGUCUUCCACCUGGACUCCAGGACGGGGGAUGUCAUGGUCGUGAAGGUCCUGGACUUCGAGGAGGCCUCCUUGUACGAAAUGGAGGUGCAAGCGCACGACGGCGGAGGCCUCUUCGACAGGUCGAAGGUCGUGAUCUCUGUCAGCGACGUGAACGACAACGUCCCCGAGAUCAGGAUCACCUCCCUGCUCAGCUCUGUCCCCGAGGACUCCCCGCCGGGAACCGUAAUCGCCCUCUUGAUCGUGCAGGACCAGGACGCCGGAGAGAACGGCGCCGUCACAUGCACCAUCCCGGACCACGUCCCUUUCCGGCUGCAGAAAUCCUUGGAUACAUAUUACACUUUAGUGACGGCCAGAGACCUGGACCGGGAGCAGGUGGCGGAUUACAACGUGACGGUCACGGCCCGGGACCGCGGGGCGCCGCCGCUGUGGUCCGCCACGACGAUCGCGGUGCAGGUGUCGGACGUGAACGACAACGCGCCGGCCUUCAGCCAGGCGGCCUACAGCGUGUGGGUGAGCGAGAACAACGCCCGCGGCGCCUCGGUGUUCUGCGCGCGGGCGGCCGACGCGGACUGGGGCGACAACGCCCGGGUGACGUACUGGCUGGCGGAGGGCGAGCUGCAGGGCGCGCCGCUGUCGUCGUGGCUGUCGGUGCAGGCGGAGAGCGGCGCGGUGCAUGCGCUGCGCGCCCUGGACUACGAGCAGGUGCGCGAGAUCCGCUUCGCCGUGGAGGCGCGGGACGGCCGCGCGGCGCAGCUGCUGGGCUCGGCCGGCGGCGCCCUGGCCGGGGUGCCCGUCUCGCACUUCGCGGGCAUCGACGGCGUCCGCGCUUUCCUGCACUCCUACUCCCAGGACGUGUCUCUCACGGCGGGCUCCAGGAAGAGCCAGUGGAGCUUCGGCCCGCCCAGCUCUGCCGGCACCCUGCCUCGGCCGCCGGCGGGACAGGGCAAGGAGCCUGCCCCGGUGGAUAAGGAUUCAAAGGUGUGUGAGGCGGACCAGGCUGCGCUGCAGUUUCGCCUUCCGACUAGACUCUAG